AACUGGAAGCAGACGCUCCUGAAGAGCUAGCUGUCAAAAAUUGAUGUUUGUCGUCGGUGGAUAUUUACAGUUGAACACACUGACGAUGGUGAUGCCUAUAUUGAAAGAAAAUAGUGGAAGUCUAUAUGUAGUCACAACAGAAGGCAAAGUCAUACAACUAUUGAACGGUUCGUGGUCCGAGUUGGCGGACGAGUGUAACAAAGAGUUACGUGUUAAACGCAUUAGUUGCUGCUCAACUUCUUUGUGGGCUAUUUGUGGCGAUCAUCAAGUGCAUAUGCGAUUGGAGUCGGAGUUGCCUAUUCGAAUCAGAGAAGAGGCAUACGAAAAUCAAAGAUGGAACCCGAUUGACGGCUUCUGUGAUAAACUGUUACCCACAGACCGACCAUUUUAUUCAAGCCAAGAUGGCUUAACUGACAGAGACCUCAAAAUAGUUAAGUUGCCUAGCCAAGCAUGGGUAUGGGAUGAUCAAUGGCACCUUGAGUUGCUGCAUGAAGGGCAACACCUUGAUGCUGAGGGUUGGAUGUAUGCAGUUGAUUUUCCUCGAGCUUAUUCCAAUACAAAAGCUUGGAACUCCUGUGUCAGAAGGAGAAAAUGGGUACGAAAUAGGCGAUAUAAUGGUGUUCGAACUUGGGUUUCACUACCCCCAGUGAUACUCAACGAUACGAUGGAACCAUUCAUCGAUAUUGCAACGGGUGGUGCCGAAAUACCAGGCGCUGUGUCCGGCUUCGUGGCUGUAUGGGCAGUCACAAUUAAUGGUCUCCUACUCUACAGAGAAGGGGUAAAUUUGUUAACGUGUCCCGAUGGUAAUAGCUGGAGGAAGAUAGAUACACCGCAGGGCUGCGAACCAUGUCAAGUCAGUGUCAGCCCUCAAGGUGUCGUAUGGAUUUUAGCUUGGACCGGCCAGUUAUUGACUCGCAACGGGGUGACCUGGAAUUGUGAGACAGGUAUCACUUGGUACGAGGUACCUCCUCCAUUCAAGGGACUCUCUUUCAGUCAUAUAUCAGUGGGACUGAAUUCGACUUGGGCUGUCAGCCGCGAAAAUGAAGUCUGGUUAAGAAAAGGGCUGGAUUCCUCCAUCCUCGGCUCAAGCUGGACAGCCAUGGUUGGCCAAAUGAACUUAGUUUUUACCGGAUCUGACAAACAAGUAUGCGGACUUUUAUUACAAGACCAAGAACUUUACUUACGGACAGGCAUCAAAACGGAAGAAUCCGGAGGACGGUCUUGGAAGGUGCUCAAAACGGAUGACAUGACUUUCGUCUGGCUGGCUUUUGAUGGAAAAGGUUUCAUUCACCGUCUGGAAGACGGCACUGAUUCUUAUUGGACAGAACCUUGGAGAGCCGAAAUUUUACAGAAGCUGCGUGAACGCCAUAGUGAGUGGAAGGACAAAUUUGCUGAAUAUUCCACGGCAGCUGAAACUACUGAUUGGAUCAAGAAUGGGCGAGCUUUGUUACAUAAUCGUUGGGUCAACCUUGGGUUACGCUGCUGCAGCCAAGAACCGUUACUGGAUGUAGAAGAUUUACGGCUAUUGGCUGUUGAAAUUACUGCCGUCCGACGUACCGGGGAUCUCGGACUAGUCGUCCACCAUCUACAGAAUUCACCAAUAAAGCUUUCAUUUACUAGUGAAGAAGAAGUUGAAGACUGGGCAGCUCACUUGACGAAAGUGACUCGCGCCUCGCGCCAGUGCGUAGGAAUUUUCGCUCAAUCGAUCUGGGCUUUAACAGAUAUGGGUGAUCCAUUUGUUCACGAAUCACAGGUGGAACUAGAAGCAAAAGACAUUCCUUACCAAGUUGAAAUGACUUCAAAUGCGGGCAAUCAAUCAUCAUUAUUUAUCCGCGAUAUUCCAGACGGUUUUUACCGAGGCUGUGGAAUCAUUAUAAACGGUGCCGUGGCUGCCAAUGCAAAUCGUUUUUCUGUUAAUCUCCAGUGCGGUCCAACUAUUCAUCUCCAUGAGGUAUUCACGGCCAAGCGGGAUGUGGCCCUACACAUUAAUCCACGAUUCGAUUCCUGUCCUGGAUCUGUCGAAGUUGUGCGCAACUCGUACUCCAAUAACCUAUGGGACAUUGAAGAGAAAUCGGGGGUCUUCGACCUACAACCCGGAAACAGAUUUACUAUAUCCAUUCACUGCCAGAAACAACAAUACCUAGUCAAAAUCAACGAAGUCGUCUUCACGUUUGCGUAUAGACUUUCUCCUUUCAGUGUAUCUCAUCUGGUCGUUAAAGGCGACGUUAACCUCUUUUCAGUUACGUACUCAAUUCCCAAAACCUCUGUCCCUUCACAUGCAUUGUGGACGCAACUUGGCGGACACUUUCGCCACAUGGAAGCGUCAUACAGCGGCAUUGUCUGGGCUUUGGGUCAGGAUGGAACUUGCUGGAUUCACACAGGCUACCACGGGGGCGGGUUUUUCAAAGGAGUUUUUGAUGGAAGUUCUCAUGGAAUCCAUCCCGUCACUGACGAGGGACUUGUUAAUCUUUAUGAGAACCAACGUUGGAACCCUGUGGCCGGAUUCUCAGCUCGUGGUCUGCCCACUGAUAGGCCGCCCUGGAGCGACAUAACCGGAUUCCAUACUUACAGUAAAGAAAAUAUGUCGCUUCCAAAUCGAAGUUGGAGCUGGAUUUCUGAAUGGCUCGUCGAUUAUCAUCCUCCCGGUGGAGCAGAUAGGGAAGGAUGGCAAUAUGCGACCGACUAUCCGUCUCGUUACCAUGCACACAAAGGUUCCUUUGAUUACGUCAGGCGUAAGCGCUGGCAGCGCAAAUGUCGGUACACAAGUACUGGACCAUGGUUUCAGUUUGGUCUUACUAAGUUGUUAGACAUUUCGAUGCAGGUCGAUCACAGCGGAAGUCCAGAAGAGCCGCUUCUAUUGUGGGCUAUUGCAGCUAAUGGUUCCAUUCUACGCCGGGUAGGAGUGACUGUGAUAAAACCACAAGGUGAUUCAUGGGAAGCCGUGUUAGGCGAGCAUGCCUUCCAGUCUUUGUCGAUUGGAGUAGAGGGACGGGUGUGGGCCAUUACUUCACUGGGAGUGCCAGCUUUGCGACACAGAGUAACCAACAUCAAUCCUGAUGGCGUGGCUUGGCUCUUGAUGGAUCGACCCGAAGGCACUGCCGCUCUUCGGCAGAUCUCAGCAGGUGAUAUUCAAGUAUGGGCAGUAGACUCCCACGAUCGUUUGUACCGACGCAAGGAUAUUGUUUCUAUCCUACCCGAAGGAACCUCAUGGGAACUAGUCGAUGAACACGUCUUACACGUGUCUGUAGGGAAACAUGACCAAGUUUGGGCGGUAUUGGAUACAAAACUGAAUGAAACCAAAAUAAACGAAAAAGGUUCCAUUUGUAUCCGAAGAGGAAUAACUGCAUCUUGUCCUGUCGGCACUGGAUGGGAGUUUGUGAUUGGGGGUGGUUGGAGCUUUGUCUGCAACCGCGGGCACGACAUUCCAUUUUAACAAAUGCGAAUUCAGUAUUCAUUUGCAUGUGUCAAUCAAGAGAACACCCGUGUUCAGAUCACUUUAUAAAUUAUCUAAAUGUUCUUUUUUUUUAUGAAUUCGACAUUAAUGAAUCUCAACAAUUAUUCUCGCAUUUCGUAGGCGAAUACAAAGUUGCCCAUUCUUUG